UUUAACAUGACCUUAGUUUAAUAAUCUUGUCCAGAGUGCUUUGAUAGAUGGAAACAUGCCUAAUAACAUGACUAAUAAUUACUAAAAAAUUAAAGCUAUCAGGAGAGAUCUACAGGUUACGAUGCUGCAUGGCUGCAUCCCUGGUGUUCAGACUACAUGACAGAGGCCCAGAGCUGGUGAGGGAGGUGCUUCUGGAGCGAGGAUGGGAGGAAUAUGAAGAAGGAGAACGGGAGGAGGAGGACUGGAACCUCUACUGGAGGGGCUCGGCUUUUCGCAACUCCGAAUAUCACAACCUGUUGCCAUGGCAGCGCCUCAACCACCAUCCCAAGACUGCAGGCAUCACACGCAAGGACUGUUUGGCUCGCAACCUGAGGAGAAUGAGAGCCACAUUCGGUUCAGCUCUCUACGAUUUCAGUCCCACCGCCUUCAUCCUCCCCAACGACUACACCCGCCUCCUGGCUGAAUACAACAAACUGCGUCUGACCAGAGGACUGUCGGUCUACUGGAUAUGUAAACCAGUGGAUCUCUCCAGAGGCAGAGGGAUCUUCAUCUUUGAGGAUAUCAAGGACUUGGUCUAUGACUGCUCCGUAAUCGUACAGAGGUACAUCAGUAACCCUCUGCUGAUCUCCAGCUACAAGUUUGACCUGAGGAUCUAUGUGUGUGUGAAGAGCUUUAAUCCACUGACUGUUUACAUUCAUCAAGAAGGUCUGGUGCGUUUCGCCACAGAGAAGUACAACCUGUCCUCUCUUCACAACCUGUACGCUCAUCUCACCAACACCAGCAUCAAUAAGUUCGGUCCCUUCUACAAAACCGAAAAAGAAAGAGUGGGCCAAGGAUGCAAGUGGACCAUGAGCAAGUUCAGGCAUUUUCUCCACAGCCAAGACAUCAACGAGCUUCUUUUGUGGCAGAGGAUCAACAACAUCGUCACUCUGACCCUCCUCACCAUCGCUCCCUCUGUCCCCUCCUGUCCAAACUGCGUGGAGCUCUUUGGCUUUGAUAUCCUCAUUGAUAACAAGUUUAAACCUUGGCUGCUAGAGGUCAACUACAGCCCUGCGUUGACUCUGGACUGCCAAGCAGACAUUACAGUGAAGAAAGGGCUAAUCAGCGAUCUGAUUGAUUUGAUGAAUUAUACAUUGACUGACAGCUUGAGAGAGAGGGCUUAUCAGAGACAAGGGUACAGGCAGUCCUGUUUCCACACCAACCACCCCUCACAUGUUUCAAUACCUGUGCUCUCGAAGGUUAAAGAAACCAAAGUUCAGAAGCGAAGGAGUGGUAGCCAGUCACAAACUCAGACUCUCCCUCUGUUUAACCCUCGGAAUAACCAUGAAAAGAUUAACCAUGAAAAGAUUAACCAAAGACAGUCCAGACAACACGCUUUUGUAGCUGACUACAGAGGACAUCUUCCCCCUGUUGACUUAAACAAGCUAUAUGCAGCCAGGGGCAGAAUAAUUAACACCACAGCUACCAAAAUCCACACAGACAAGACCCUAAACCUGAUACUCGGCCCACAUUCAAGGACAAACGAGUCGGUCGUAAACAGUCAGACGUGUCCAGCUCGUGCACCGUGGCUGAUGGACAACAGGAGUCUUCGCAUGUCUGAGGUUACAAACCAUGACGACACUGAAACAGAAGCUGAGACGGAGCUCUCAGGAAAGACAGACAUUUCCUCUUCGAUACAUGAUCUCCCACAGAGGGGGCUGGGAUUCAGACAGAAGCUCCCAAACAUUUACAGUGGGAGUCAAAGGCCGGUAAGGAUUCCUUUGGAGGGAACCACAGCAAUGAAUGGACAACAUAUUCCUCCACUCAGAGUUGGAGACUUCAUACGGACCUUCCCCUUUAAUUCAGCCACUCUGAGAGCCUCGCAGCACAAACUGGAUGUUAAGAUAGUCAUACAGGAGCUCCACAAGCUGACUGGUCAGUUGGCUACAUCGAUGGACAAGUUGAGGAGAAAAGAAGAGGAGGAGGUGAGGAAGAACAUAGAUGGUGAGGAAGAAUUUGAUUCACUGUUGUGGGGGCCAAAGGAUCCUCCAUUGCUCAGUCAAUACUUCAAACCCACUUAG